AUGAUUUAAAAUAAAUUAAUUUAAAAUUAAUUAUGCCUUAUAUAAAUGAUGUUAUUAAUGAAAAUGAAAAUGAAAAUCUUAUUUAUACAAGCCAUAUUAUUAUAGUUUCCCAAAUCAGUUUAAAAAAUUUAGCUUCACAAUAAAAUAUUGAAAAAUAUUUAGGUUAUUCAAGAAACUUUUAUAUGA